GAUCGCUUUAUAUUUGUAUCUAAUUAGUUAACUGGCUUUGACAAGUGUAAUAAUUUGUAUUAGUUAUUUGCCUAUUAAGUAUAAAGUAUUAUUAUAAUGAUGGAUGACACAAUAAUGGAUUUUGAAAGAGAACUCAUUCCUAUUUGGGAAGAAUCGUAAGUAGAUCGUAUUGUGUCCGACGUUUAAAACUUUAAUUUCCAUACAUUUAUUAUACACUGUUUAUUAUUUUAUUCGUAAAAUUUACAUGUAGUGAUAUUGUGUUUGGUAUAACCGUAUAACAAAGAUUUAACAUUUUGAUUAAUAUUUCAGACCAGAAGUAUAUUAUGAUCCUGUAAUACUCGAGCACGAGUUAGAUCAAGUGAAAAAAGAAAACGCUGAGCUUAAAUAUGAAUGCUCCGAACUUAAUGCGGAAAAUAAACUAUUAAGAACAGAAAUAAAUACAAAGGAGAAAGAGAAAAUAGACUUACAUAAAAAAUAUAAAGAUUAUUCAAUCAAACUACCGAAGUAUCAAUCAAAAAUAACGGAAUUCAAUAAGGAAAUAUCUAUGCUAACCACGGAUAAAAAAAAUUUAUUAUUGGCCAAUAGACUUUCGAUGGAAAAACGUGUAGAAAUAGAAAAAAAAUAUAAAGAAACUACGGAGCAAAAUACAGCUUUAAUAGUUGUAAACCAAAAGCUUGAAAAAAUUAUCGCGAAAUGUAAUCUAGAAAAAGCCCAAGAACAUAAAGAUAAACUUCGAACAAAGGCUGAAAAUGAAAUAAAAAAAGCUAAGACUGAUAAUCUUGAAAUACAUAUUAAAACAUUGCAAGUACAAAUAAGUCAAUAUGAGGGCGAAUUACGUUCCAGAGAUAUUUUAGCAACAGGAUUGAAUAGAGAACUUAAAAUUCAUAAGACUAAGUUUGAGAAUGCAUUGAAAAAAUUGAGUGAUUCUGAAACACGUGUUAAAGCUCUGGAAAGAACAAUUCAAGAUAUGAAUAAGGAAUGCAAAGAUUCCAAACUUAAAUAUUCAAGUCUAGUUCAUGAAAAUAAUAAUUUAAAAGCAAAAUUGGAUGAAGAAACUCAAUUGAAAUUAACAGUUGAAAUAUUGAGAGACAAUGAAAGUGGGCUUAAAAAACAAAUGAACAUAUUUAAACGAAUAAUAUUCACAGAGCAAUUGGAAAAUAAGAAAUUAAUAGAAAUUGCUCGAGAACUGGAGAAGCAAAAAACAAAGUUUAUAUAUACAGGAGAAGAUAUAACAGUAAUAAAGAAGAAAUUAGAAGAAUGUAUGGAGCAGAAUCUUAUUUUGUCAAAAAAAUUCAGUAACCUUGAUUGUCCUUUCUACCAGUCAAAACAUGGUAAACUUGAAGACGAGGAGCCGGUAAUAAAAUGCGGUUCAAUAAAAGAAAGACAUUACGAAAAUAAAAUAUUUGCUUUAGAACAAAUUAUCAAAACAAAGCAAAUAAAAUUUGAUAACCAAGUGAAAGAACAAAAAAAAUAUCGAGACGUAGUGGUUAAAAGCUUGUAUGAUACAAAAAAAGCAAAAGAUAGUGAAAAAGCGGCAAAAGUAUUGCUCGAAAAACAAAAAUAUGAAAUAAUAUAUAAUAAACUGGAUGUCUUGGGUAAAGAAUCAAAAAUUCAAAAGCUAGAGAUUCAAAUGGAUAGUUGUGAUUAUCAACGUAAAUUAGCAAAUAGACAAUCAACUUUGCUAUGUAGACAAGUACGAAAUGAUUAUAAGAAAAUAUAUUCCAUGAGAAAAAAUUCCAUGAGAGUAAAUGAAAUCAUUAAAAAUGUGGAGAAAAACAAAGAAGAGUUAAAAUAUAAAGCUGAACACUCAGAGAAAUGCUCGGAUGUUAUGAAAAGGCAAUUAGAAUAUAAUAAAAAAUGCCAAAAGGUUCAACAAUUAGAAGCGAACAAAAUGAAAUCUACUGUUGAAGAGUUUCAGAAAAAAAUCUUUAGAAUGCAAGAAGAAUUAAAUAAUAGUAAACGAAAAAACGAAGAAUUGACAAAUGCAUUUAAGCAGUUUCAGACCGACAGUGAAUUGAAUUACAAAAUUCAAGUUAAAAAUAUAAAAGAUGCAAAAAGUGAAAACACAAAAUUGUCAAUCCAAAAAAAUGAAUUAACAUUAAAGCUCAAACGUCUUUCGAAUACCGAAGAAGGCUAUAUGGAAUUAGAAUCCAAAUUAAAGGCUGUAAUACGGGAUUUGGCUUAUCUUCAAAAGAAAUAUGAUAAAUUAUAUUUAGAAAAGCAAAAAAAUGUCAGUUUAAACAGAAUGCCAAAGUAA